AUGACCGAAGUGUUGGAAGGUAUCCGACACUGGAGAAGAAAUGUGAACCGAGCCUCUGAAUUGGGGGUGACUCUGCCUGAUGCGUUGGUUUUGGUUGGAGCUCUGCAGCGGGCUUCGGACUUUUUGAGCCAGAAGUCACCACAGGUGGCAUAUCGUUUGAACAUGAUACGCCAACAACUCAAUGUGGAUCACCAACCCACAAAGGACACGGUCAUGUCGUACUCAGAACACCUCCAAGCGGAGGCCGAAGAGAUGAAUGUGAAUUCUCAAGGCCUGGGACUGGGCCAACCUACCUCAAAGAGUGGGGGCGGGAAGGUCAACGUUAAGUCGUUGAAUGGACCAAGCCCGGGCGCUCCAGCGAACAAAGCUCAGCAUGAUGGUGCUGACCAAGGCGACAAGGCUGGGAAACCAGCUGGGGGGUCAGGCAUCACAGCGGCUAAUGCGGGAUCAGUUACGUCGUCAAUGGCGUGCAAAUUUUGGGGCACUGAGAACGGCUGCCGCAAGGCGGACCAAUGUCGGUAUGUUCACUCGGUAUUGAAUCCGAAGGACAACCGCUGUUUCAAGUGUUCCGCUGUGGGGCAUUCUAAGAAGGAUUGCCCGGUGGGGAAAAAGAAGAUUGCCAAGACAAAGGUUGAAAAGGAUCAUGCCAGUAGUUCUGCAUCCGCUGCCAAGGGCGGUGCGGAAACUGCAGUGAAGGCUGAGCCAAGUCGUCACACCACGUACCGUGAAGAAGGUACUCCGACUAAACCGUUGGAAGACAAGGAGGGUGUGGACGAUAUGGUGCAGGAUUGCAAAUCCGUUUUGAAGGUGAUCGUGCCGGACCUGGAUCAAGCGCGCUGUGAAAGACCGCAGGGAAAGGUCUUGCAUCCAGAAAUUCCAGAGAGGGUCAAACAGACCGAUGACUGGUCUGCAUGGGCCCCAGGACUCAAACACGCCCUGAGGGAUCACCAACCUCCGCUCCAAGAGCUGCCCACGGAAGUGGUGGAAGCGCCAGAUUGGGGGGAGGGUUUGGGGGAAUCUGAGUUCCCAUUGGAGGGAGAAGAAGAAUCUGGGUCACCAGAGCUCGGCGACGAAGUUGCAAAGGCGUCCCCUGAUCCAGCCAAUGCUCCGGGGGCUGACCCUGAAAAUGGGGGGGAGGCAUCCCCUGAGAAGACAGGUGACUGGGUUGAUGAGGAGAUCAGCAAGUGCAGCCGACCUCUGCUUUACCUGCGGAAUGCUGGGUUUACAAACGAUGAGUGGCCCACCGCUCUCCGGUACUCAGCUGAAGAGAGAAUGAGGGUUCUGGGCGUCACCAUGAUGCCCAUGCUUCCGUAUGGUGCCUCUGUGGUUGUGAAAAGGAAACGAUGGCAUUCCCCUGGAGUACUUGCUCCUCCGUAUGUCAAUGCCACGCUUCUGGCUGCUAGCCCCAAUAUGAGUCAAGGUUGGGUCGUGCGGUCGGAAGCUGGGCAGGUGCUCCAUGUAAGAGAGGCCAUUUUGCCUGCAUCCCUGGGAGAGCAGGUGGCCAUGGAAUUGCGGGAAGAAUCGGCUGAUUUGUCGCAACUGGAAGAACAAGAUGACAAUGGAGCGGUAGCGGAACCCUCACGACGAAGGCUCGUGGGCAAACAGCCGCCAUCCAGUCGGUCAGGGAUCGCUUUGCCAGACCGCGAAGCUUAUGGUCCUGUUCAACAGGUUGUUGUAGACUCAACCGUCAACAGGGAUGACUUUGAACAAACGGGGGAGGCACCAGCGCAAUUAGGCUUCUUACCAGCCGAGUUGCCAGCGGAUGCGCCUUACUCUCCUAGUUUGGGCCCUGAAGACACUGCAGACCUCGAGCUCCCGGAGGUUGCCUCUGGGGGGAGGGUCUCGGCACUCGAGCUUCCGGAGGAGGGACUGGAAUACGGAAAACAGCUACGUUACAUGCUUCAAGAUCGCCUGGAGCUGGAAGAAAUGCUCCAAGUGUUGUCAAAACUGCAAAAGGUAUCCAAGCGACCGCGGUGGGCGGUUCAGGUGGGUCAAGGAAUCUUGGAGUACUUGGCUGGAACUCCUGACUUGGGAUUGAUGUACGAAGGAAGGCAGGGCGACAGGGGGCCGGAAGGCAACUUGCCGAUCCCUAGGAACACUGAGGUCGGUGACCGAGAGCCUGAGAACCAAGACUUCUUGCCUGAUGUGGUCGCUGGUGCCGAGUUGGAAUGGCGCGAGACGGAGACCGCUGACGAGCUCAAGGUGAAGGCCGCUACGGUAGUUUCUUCCUUGAAAAAAUGGGUCAAUGUGCCCAUCGUAGGUGAGGUGACCGAAAAGGUCAAGGCUUUUGUAGCUGUGGUUUUCACUUUGGUGGUGAUGUCAUUGGUUGUACGGCUGAAGAGAUUGGAGAAUCCGGACUGGCCAGGGUUAAAUCAACAGUCUUUAGACGACCUUUCUUCAAUCUUGGAAGCUCUAGGUACCUUGGAUGAGAUGAUCAACGAGGAAAAACAAACAAGAGCCAUUGGCCGACAAGACUUUCAAGAGGUCUUGUCAAAAUGA